ACAAAACAACAAAGAAAAACAUCCAAAUUUAUAGAAAAGUAAAAUUAUUAUCCGGAAUAUUUUAAUUGUUUUUGAACGAGUCUUUUUUCUACAGAACGUGAAAAAUUACAAAUUUCAAAAUGAAACGUCGUAAUGCCGAUUGCGGCAAAUUGCGAAGACCUAUAAAGCGGAAUAAAAUCACCGAAAGCAUGUAUGGCAGCACAACUGUUUUAUACAUGAAAUUUUUAGUAUUAUGGGCAAUUGUGAUAACUGCAGAUUUUAUGUUCAUGUUCCGCUUCGAAUUCCUAUGGCCAUUUUGGCUAUUAUUGCGCUCUGUACACGAUUCUUUUAAAUAUAAAGGAUUGGCAUUUUCAGUUUUAUUUGUAUGCAUAGCCAUAACAUCGGACUUGGUAUGUUUAUUUUUCGUACCGGUACAUUGGUUAUUAUUUGUAGCCAGCACUUAUGUCUGGGUGCAGUACGUUUGGCAUACAGAUAAAGGCAUAUGCUUACCAACAAUUAUUUUAUGGAUGUUAUUUGUUUAUUUAGAGGCUGGUAUUAGAUGGAAAGAUAGCCGUCAUAUACCACAUUUAGAUUUAUGUCGACCUUUUGCAGCACACUGCAUUGGGUAUCCAGUGGUAACUUUAGGUUUUGGCUUUAAAAGCUAUGUAGGCUAUCGUAUGCGUCAACGCAAGCAACGAGAGGUAGCCAAGGAGAAUGAAUUUUACAUGCAAUUAUUACAGCAGGCUUUGCCUCAAGAAGAACACCCCUCAUCUACAGAAGAGUGUGCGAAUGCGAUAGCAGCAACAGCUGUCACCUCGAAUAAUUUAGCUGUAACUAUAACCGCCGCGAAUGGCACACAAAAUAAUGCUACACAAAAUCAUCAUCACAAUUUCGCGGGCAGUAAUAGUAAUGUACUUACAGCUAGCGCUGCUUUAUUGACACACACUCAAAUAGGCAACUCAAUAGCCACAGCAAAUGGUGGCACAUUAAUACAGCAACAGCAAGCACAAAAUCAUCAUCAUCAGCACCAGCAACAGGAACAACACCAUCAUAAUCAUAAUAAUGGUGUGGCCUCCUCCUCUUCUAAUACCUUACCAUCCUCUACUUCUUCCACAAUAGCAUCUGCUUCAGCUACAGCAACAGCAAUAACAAGAACAACAACAAACGCAACUUUAAAUUGCACUCUAACAUCGUUUAACAAUGAUGACAAGAGCUAUGUACAAAUCGGGGGUGGUGGUAGUAGCAAUAGUAUUGGUGCAACUUUAAAUGGUCACAUAAGUGGUAAAAACCAUCGACGGACCACGGAUAAAGAGAAUAAACAUAAUAAGGCGGUUCUAAGCGAUUGCGUUAACAGUGAUGCUCACUCCAAACAUAAUAAUAAUAAUCACAAAAAUAAUUACCAUCAAUUGCAUAAUAAUGAGAAUAACAAUAAUAAUAAUAAUAAUAACAACAAUAACAACAACAAUGGUAAAGAGAAGCACGAAUGGGAUAAUAACAGUAAUUACCAACAGCAACAAACAUCAUUCAGCAAAGAGAAACACGAAGAUUCGCAUACGAAAAGUAGUAGAAAGCCAUUCUGUGCUGCGACGACCUUCGGCAUUAAUAGCAAUGCUGCGACUUCAUCGCAUCCGGAAUUUGAUGAUAUUGUGGCCAUAGAACCCGUCGAAAAAUCGAAAGGUCGGCGUAAUCGCUCAAAAAAAGAAAAUGCUUCCAAGGACACUCAUCACCACGCGACAAAUAACAACAAUAACCACAACAACGGCAAUAGUAAUAAUAAUAACACUCAACAUAACAACAGCAACUCUAUACACAAUACCAGCUCAAAUAAAGAUCAUCAUAUUUCACAAACUAGUAAUCAUCACCCUCAUCAUCAGCAUCAAAUUCAUCAUAAUAAUAACCAUCAACAUCACUAUUCGGAUGCCUCGUCGGUGUCGUCGGCUUCAUCGGCCACGUCGACUACAUCCCACAGUUCAUCAUCGGCUAAUUCGGGUAACUCAGCCACUUCCACUAUUACACAUUUAGCCUCAAAGGUUGUGGCAAAGAUUUGUGAAUCUUGCCUUAAAUUGGAGGCAGAUGUUAAGAAAUAUCGUUCGGAAAUUUUGCACAUGAAGCAAAUUGAAAAUGAAUUACGUCAAAAGUUGGACAACAAUUUGACCACAAAAUCCUGUUUGCUGGCCAAACAGAAAGAAUGUGAUGAAUUGGAAAAGCGUAUACAUGAGCUUACCAAUGCUCGUCACGGUGAUAUGUUGCAAUUGCAAACAUUUGAACGCCGUCUCCAAGAAGAGAGACGCCAAAAGCAAUCCCUCGAUGCUCAAUUAAAUAAUGAGAAGAAAGCACGUAAAAUAGCCGAAGAAAAAGCGGCCCGACCCGAAUGUAGUACAAUGUGCAAACAAAGACGACAACAAAUGGAUGAAGAUAUUAAACAAUUGAGGCGAGAUUUAAAGAUAGCUGAAGAGGCUAAGCAAUUAGCUGAACAACAUGGACGCAAGUGGGAGCAAGAGCUGCGCAUGUUUGAAGCUGAAAUACGUAAUCGUGAUUCCAUACAACCGGGCACAGAUGUUCUUAUGAAUGCUUUGGCUGCUAUGCAAGAUAAAAAUUCAACUUUGGAAAAAAAUCUCUCCGCCGAAACGAGAGUUAAGCUGGACUUAUUCUCAGCGCUGGGGGACGCGAAACGUCAAUUGGAAAUAUCAGAAAGUUUAAGGCGUUCUAAGGAGGAUGAAAUACAUGAUUUAAAGGCUAAAAUAGCGCAACUAUUGGCAGUUAUGCCUACAGAUUCUUUAUGCCUACCGGCCUGUAGUUCCACGGGAGCAAGUUCUAUGUUACGUAUGAACGACACACCGCCUUUGCAAAGCGGCCAAGGUCCUGCUUCCCCUAUGCUGACCAGUUUGCAAAGUGCUGCCCAACAACAACAGUUAUCAUCGCGUGUAGCACCAACAUCGGGCGCGGAAUAUGUGCAGCAAACUAUAACAUCGGAGUAUGUGACCAACCAACAACAGCAACAGCAGCAAUGUGCCGGCGUCGUGCCCGUUUCGGUUGCCACUUCGGUAUUGGUUUCGGGAACUCAAGUAACAAAUGGAGUAGGCAAUACGAAUGCCUCUAAUCUUGACCCGAACGCUACAGUUUAUACGCCUAAAGGCGGUCAAAAUAACAAUUCUGGUAGCAGUGUAGUCGUUGGUGGCGCGAUUAAACUAAUGGCUUUUGGUAAUGUUAACACGCUUCAGGGUCUCAAGGAAUUGAACAAUUUCCUUAUUGAUAAAAGUUAUAUUAGUGGUUAUCAACCAAGUAAAGCUGACAUUUCGGUGUUUGAUGCUUUGGGUAAUCUUCCGGCUGGUGAUUAUUCACACAUACAGCGCUGGUAUCGCCACAUUGCAUCUUUUGAUGUCAACGAAAAGUCCGUUUGGACCGGUCAGCCCUUGCCUCAAGUUGUUAGUGCCAAGUCGACUGUAAAUUCUUCCACUCCUACUGCCGAGGCCGGUGAUGACGAUGUAGAUCUUUUUGGCUCCGAUGAAGAAGAAGAUGCCGAAGCUGCAAAAAUACGUGAGGAACGUGUAGCGGCAUAUGCUGCCAAAAAAUCGAAAAAACCUGCUUUAAUAGCUAAAUCUUCCGUUCUGCUUGACGUAAAACCAUGGGAUGAUGAAACUGAUAUGGCGGAAAUGGAGCGGCUAGUUCGCACUGUCGAAAUGGAUGGUCUUUUAUGGGGUGCCUCUAAGUUAGUACCUGUAGGUUACGGUAUUAACAAAUUGCAAAUCAUGUGUGUUAUUGAAGAUGACAAAGUAUCAAUUGAUUUGCUAACUGAGACAAUCCAAAAUUUUGAAGACUUUGUUCAAUCGGUAGAUAUUGCUGCCUUUAAUAAAAUCUAAGACAAGUCUCGUUAAUCCAUUUAAAACCAAUUUUUUUUUACUCCGAUGUCAUUAAAUAGAAACUCCGUCUUUGCUAUGCAAAAAUCUGCAAAAA